GACAGUUACAAGAACAAACUUGCUGACAUCAGUGUUGUUGAGAAAUGUCGUUCAGAUGAGUUGAAUAAUAUAAACAAUCUCAUUGAAAACAAAGAAAUAGAGAAGAGCCAGAGUAAUUCAAGAAUGUCUAGACAUGGAAGAGGAAAUAACAAAAUUAAGAGCAGAAUUUGAAAAUAACUCUCUUCAGCGUAACAAACAACGAUCUGAAACUGACGAACAUUUUGCUGGAUUGAUGAAGGAAAAGAGUUCAGUUUUGGCAAAAAUUAAUGACUUAGCUAAAGAAAUGAAAGAAGCCACAGAUGACAGAGAGGAAUUUGAAAGCAAGACUACAGACUUGACGAAGGAGAUGAGAAGACUUAAAGAUAUCUGUGCAGAGGCUGAUGGCGAACUAUUCAGCUACUUGACUGAGGCCAAUGUGGUCCAGAGUGGGCAGAGGAACCAGAUGAUUGUUGUGGAUGAAAUGGUCGCUAGAAACCAACAGGAAGUUGAGGCCGCUGAGUUAAACAUUCAGGAAAGCGAACAACUCCAGGCUCAGAUAACUAAGAUGGAGGCAGACUUGAGCACCCAACAAGUGAAAUACACUCAGACUCUGGCUGACCUACAGGCGUCCUACAGGGAACAGCUGGAGGCAAAGAAGAAAUACUUGGAAGAUCUCAGAAUCAGGUAUGAAAUGGAAUUCAAGAACAAAGAACAGAAGAAGUUGGAUGCCAUGAUGGAGUUGAAAGAAAUCAAGGAUAAUAUCGUUGAUCACCAGAAGAAGCGGAAAUCAUUGCAAAAUGAAGUCAAGUUGACUGGCAACAAUCUGUGGAAAUACAACAACUUGAUUCAGAAGCUGGAGGAAAAAUUGAAAGUAGUGGCUGAAGUGGCAACAGUGAGUCAACCGGUGAAGGAUAUUUCCAGUCAGGACUCAAGACUCACCUUUAAAGAAAACGUCCCACUUCAACCCAAACUUGCAGGUUAUCCAACUGCUCCUGGUACGAUCACAAGGAAGAUUCUCCCUCCCCAAGUGCCUAGCUUGCCAGUUAAACGUCCCAAGGAAACUCAGAAAGUCAUCUUUCCUUCUCCGGGCAGCUCUUCCAGUGGCAUAUCUUUUGAUCCGGAUGAUAUGAACUUGGCCAAGAGGAGGAGUUUUACUCAACGUCCUAAAAAAGUGAUCAAACCAAAUGUAGCACAGAAAAAUGUUCCUGCUAGUUCUUCAAAGGCGAGUACUAAUGUUAAGAAGCAGGAUCAAAGUUCCACAAAGAAAGAUGUUGAUUCGGAGAGUGAGGAUGCUUGGGGGUUCAACAUGUAGAGGCAUUUGAAGAGUGGAAUCGUGUGUUGCCAAAUCCAAUGUUUCGUGGACUAUUACGUUUAUAUUCAAGAAACUGUGAUAACUUAAAUUAAGAUGUGAAGAUAGAUAACAUCAAAACUAGUUGUUGUUCUUUUACUUGUGUAUCAAUUAUCCACAAUAUUGUAAACUUAAACUUUUCUACGUUUUAGUAAUCCCCAGUAUUAGCUGUAAGUGGUUUUUAGUACAAUAAGUUCUUUGAUUACCAAUAAAUAAUAUGUAAUUAGCUACAGUUCUUACCAUAUUAACAUAGUUAUAUAAGUUAGAAAUAAGAUAUUAUGAUAAGAGAUACAGCACUAAAAAAAUAAGUAAUAAAAAAAUAAGAACAAUAAGAUACUGUUUUCUACACUUAACUGUUGAUGGUUGUUUCACAAACAAUUGUAAUUGUUUUAUAACUGUUAUAUUGUAAAACUUGUAAAAAUGUUAAAAAUAAAUGUUAAAAUAAAAUAUGUGU